AUGCAAGAAACGCACAAGAUGCUUGAGAUGAAACCUCAUUCAAUAUCAGCUUCGCAUAUCUUCCUAAUCUCCGAAAAACUGCGGCUCAUCAUGUUCAAAGUCACCAGCGACACUAUCACUGACAUGGGGUAUCGUAACCGCUUCCUUCAGAUCACCAUUUCAGACGACGAUGGAAAUGUCGACAACGCACUGGUUCUGCUCAUGGACAUCUUGAAAGCCCCAGUCUAA